GAACUCUCUAAAAAUGAUUAUUUUCUUCGAAAAAACUCUAAAUCACUCAUAAAGCGGACGAAUUUUCUGGAUAAUUAGAUAUUACUGAAUAAGAUAAACUUCAAAAUUUAUUUUUUCUUCGGAACAACUGUUGACCGCACACGUGAACUAUACCAUUUUCAAAAUCAUUACAUAUUACUGCUUGUUAGGUUAUUUGAAAAGAAAGGCAAAUUUUCGAAACCGACUAUCCAGGCCGGCCAAGUUACAGUUGUAAUAACUGUGGAAGAGAAAGGCAAAAAAAUGGAUAAUAGUGAUGUAUUUAUUGAUAGCACAAGUAAAACACCAUUACAUGUCGCAAUAGAUGAGGACGACAUAGAACGAGUUAAAAAUCUAGUAAAUAGUGGGGUCUGUGUAAACACCACUUUUGAAAAUGGAACUACACCGUUAGCGCUAGCGAUACAAAACAAUAGAAAUGAGAUUGUUAAAUAUUUGAUAGAUGAAGGUGCUGAUGUAAAUGGUGUUUGUGACCAUGAAACACCCCUGAUUCUGGCUAUUAAAACGCAUGGGAAUAAAAUGAUUCAGCCUAUGAGUAUAGACUCGCUUACAGAUUUUUGUGAAAGAAGCAAUGAAAUAAUCGAUUAUCUGAUUGAUAAAGAUGCUGAUGUAAAUAUUUCUUAUAAAAAUGAAUCGCCAUUAUGUCUGGCUUUUAUUCAUUGGGGUCGGGAUGAAUUGGUACAAAAUCUAAUAGAUAAAGGUGCUGAUGUAAAUUUUGUUUAUAAAAAUAAAACACCUUUAAUUCUGGCGAUUAAAUACUGUAGAAAUAACAUUGCUAAAUAUUUAAUAGAUAGAGGUGCUGAGAUAAACUUUGUUUGUGACCAUAAGACGCCCCUAUUCGUCGCUAUUCAAAAUUGGCAAAAUGAACUUGCUAAAUAUCUGAUAGAUAAAGGUGCUGAUGUUAAUAUUGUUUGUACAAAUAAAUCGACAUUAUAUUUGGCUAUACAUUACCGUGCAACUGAAUUACCUGAAUAUUCAAUAGAUCAAAAUUCGGAUGCAAAUUUUAUACCGGAAAAUUUCAUGAUGAGAUAUGCCUGGAGAAAGAAAUUUCCAAAGAAGCUACCGCUAUUACAUCUAGCAAUUGAGAAGGGAGAUAAAGAAAUAGAUAAAUAUUUAAUAGAUAGAGGUAUUGAUGUCAACGAUGUUUGUAUAAAAAUAUCGCCUUUAUUUGAAGCCAUUAUGACAGGAAAAAUGGAAAUAGCCAGAUAUUUAAUAGAUGAAAAUAAUAACGUAGAUUUUAUUUCAAACGAUUCAACGCUAUUACGUUUAGCCAGCAAGAGAGAAGGCGAUGAAAUAGAGGAACAUUUAAUAGAUAAAGGUACCGAUGUAAUAGCGAAAUAUUUAAUAGAUAAAAGUGCCGAUGUAAAUAGUCUUUAUCAAAGUGAAUCACCAUUAUAUCGAGCUAUUUCUCUCGGUCAAACCGAUUUAGUUAUAUAUUUAAUAGAUAGAGAUGCUGACAUAAACGCAAUUUCGAUGAACUCAACGCCACUACAUUUAGCUAUUCAUAGAGGAGACUAUAUACAAACGCAAUAUUUAGUAGAUAAAGGUGCCAAUGUCAAUCGUGUUUGUGACGAUACAUCACCAUUAUAUUUAGCUAUUGAUAAGUAUGAAACGGAAUUAGCUAAAUAUUUAAUUGAUAAUGGAGCUGAUGUCAACGGCAUUUUCAACAAUAGACGAGCGCUUGGUAUUAAUUAUACUGAUGAAAUUACUGAAUAUUUACUUAUAGCUGGUUUUGAUGUCAAUGCAAAAGAUGAGCAUGGAAAUGUUGCUGCUGAUUAUUUCAAUUACUCUAAUCGAUUUACUACUGAUACUGUUAAAAGACAUCUUGUCAAAUUGAUUGCUGCUAAUUUUUAUAUAUGUCAAAAAAAUAAGAUGUCCGUUACUCAUGAAAAAUAUGAUUCAUUACGUGAUUCAUGUGCAAAAGAAGUUGAAUUGAUGAAACAGAAUUCAUUUAGAGUACGUACUCUAACGUAUUAUGAGUUACUGCGUAAUCCGCUUCAUAAAUCUGCUUUGAAACUAAAACGUUUGUUUCAAUAUGAUCAUGAAACAGAAUACAUAUCGUCCGACUCAAAUAUUUUAUUACAGAUUCCGUCUUAUGAAAAUAUUAUUCAGUACCGUAUGGACAGAGCAGUAGAAAGAGCUGAAUUAUUGGUUCAAGUUGAUUACUUCGUUAAUUAUCUUUCUCAAGAUUUAUUAUUAGCUCCAGAAGUUAUAAGAGAAGUUCUUCAAUAUUUAACAAAUAGGGACCUAAAAUUACUUUGUAAUUUCUCUAAGAUGUAUUACCAGUUCGACUGCCCAAUUUCAAAAUACAGUAAGAGACAUAUUUUUCCAAAACGAUUUCUUAGUAAUUUUAGUUACAGUAGAAUCUUGAGGACAUGAUUCGAUGUAUAUUUCAAAAAUUUUAUUUUUAUCAGUUACUGUGUUGUGAAAUUGGGCAGCCGUAUUCUCUAGUAAUUUAUUCCCAAUAUUUGAUCCUUAACUAGUUUUUUAUUUUGAUAGCUAAUUUUAAAAUGAAAAACGAAAAUAAAAAGAAAACUAAGCUUUAAAAUUUGUUUAAACAAACUCUUGUGAAUAAAAAAAAUUAUUACUGGAUCAAAAUAUAAUGCUGACUAGAUCCCUGAUUAAGAAAAAUGAUAUAAUCUAUGCUAAGUAUAUGUCUAUAUAUUAAUCGAUUUAAAUUGUUUUAAAUCAUUCCAAAUUGUUUUGAAUCAUUUCAAAUUAUUUUUUUAAAUCAGGGAUGUUAGUAUAAUUGUAAUACAAAUGUAUAUAU